AUGGUCCCAAGCCCAGCUUUUGUCGACGGGCCGGCGGGCUGUUUUAAAUGCCGCUUCUGUGAAAGCAGCCGACGGUAUCAAGAACCUGCAAUCCGUUCGCUACAGCACAACAGGCUGACAAUGGCAGCACAGCAGUAUAGGUACAGCGACCACAGCAUGUCGUCGACUUUAAAACUGCCAGAGGAGGACUACGACGAGCUAGAGGACGAGUGCAAAAGGCAGAACCGGCAGUUGGCGCUGAAUUUCACGCGGAUUGGACUAGUGGUGGUUGCGCUUGUGUGGGGCACCUUUCUUCUACUUAACUCCAUACCCGUGCUUGAGGAGUCCAGUCGCGCACAGCCGACCACGAGCUCCCGGGCCACGCGCAGCGGCAAGUUGAAGGUGGACUUUGAGGCUGUCCGCGGUCAGAAGUUCAAGCCGCGGUUCCAGCAGCUACAGUGGACGCACGGCUUGUCGUCUGUACACGACGACAAGGGCCUUUUUGUGAAGAAGGAGGACGACGUGUAUUCGCUCAAGUCUGUGUUCGAUGAGAACUACACGCGCGAGCUCUUCCGGGGGAAUACGUUCGAGCACGAGGGCGUGGGCUAUGUGGUGGAGGGGUUCGUCGCCGCGCCGGAUCUCUCGUACGGGCUUGUGCGCACAAAUAGCACGAAGAACUGGAGGCACUCGACCUUUGCGACGUACUUUGUGUACUCAAUCGAGAAACGGGACUUCCAUCCCGUGGGCCAGAAACUUGCGGUGGCCGAGUGGUCGCCGGACUCGCAGCGCAUCGCGUACGUGAAGGACAACGACUUGUACUUGCAUUCGGUUGCAGAUGGGAAAGUGUCGCGGGUGACGUCUGACGGCAGCGCCACUAUAUUCAACGGUCGGAGCGACUGGGUCUAUGAGGAGGAGGUCCUCAGCAGCGGUGUCGCGCUAUGGUGGUCACCCACGGGCAAAUACGUCGCGUAUUUCAAGAUCAACGAGGAGCAGGUGCAUGAGUUUCCAAUUGCAUACUAUCUCCAGGAGGCGGAUGCUUUGUAUCCCGAGGUGCGCAAGAUAAAGUACCCAAAAAGCGGCACGCCCAACCCAAUUGUCACCCUCAAUAUCUUUGACGUAGCUGCCGAGAAGAACUCCGUGGUGAACUUUGGCGAUAAUGCAACGCUAAUUACAGAGGUGGUCUGGGUAGGCGAGAACCAGGUGCUAGCCAAGUACAUGGAUCGCUCCGCACAGGUAUUGACUGUUGCGCUAGUUAGUACCGACGAAAAUAAGCCGUUCACCACUCCACGUGUCGAGUCUACGAAUGGCGGAUGGUGGGAUGUUGGGCAGACGGUCAUGUAUGUCCCGCGGAAUGAUACAAAUGACAGGGCGAACGAUGGCUACAUUGACGUUGUCUCGGUCAACGGAUAUAAUCAUUUGGCAUAUUACUCUCCACCGAGCGCAUCCACACCAACGAUAUUGACUUCUGGCGCGUGGGAGGUUGUUGGCGGGCCUGUAGCCUUUGACCUAGAUACUAAUGAUGUGUUUUUUAUUGCUACGAGGAAGUCAUCAAACGAGAGGCACUUGUAUUACGUCAAUCUUUUCCAACCGAACGAUGUUCAAGAAGUCACUGAUACGUCCAAGGAAGGGGUCUACGAUGUGUCGUUUUCGGAGGGCAGUAGGUUCCUACUAUUGACCUAUCGCGGGCCUGGUGUGCCAUACCAAAAACUCGUCGAUUUGAAGUCCUUGGGCUCCGACAGCGACUCCAAUGGCAACGUCUUCGGAGAAACGCUAUACUACCUCGAAGAAAACAACGCGCUAAAGGAAAACUUAAAGGAGUACUCCUUUAACUACCCGAAAUUCCAGGAACUCAACCUAGGCGACGACAGUGAGGGCCAGAAGGUGAUUGCCAAUUCUUAUGAAAUCCUUCCUCCCGAUUUCGACUCGAACUUGCGGAACCACUAUCCUGUGUUUUUCUUCGCAUAUGGCGGCCCAGGCUCGCAGUUGGUGAAAAAAGAAUUCGCGGUCAGCUUCUUGCAGGUGGUUGCUGCGCAGCUCGAUGCCAUCGUCGUGGUGGUAGAUGGGCGUGGCACCGGCUUCAAGGGCAAGCCAUUCCGCGCCGUGGUCACGGGCGACUUGGGCCACUACGAGGCAGAGGACCAAAUUGCGGCGGCGAAGCUCUACUCCGAGAAGUACUACGUUAACAAAGAGCGCAUUUCGCUAUUCGGCUGGUCCUACGGCGGCUAUCUCACGCUAAAAACCUUGGAGCGCGAUGCAGGCCGCUACUUCAAGUACGGAAUCGCGGUCGCCCCCGUAACCGACUGGCGCCUAUACGACUCCGUAUACACUGAGCGCUACAUGUCCGAACCGCUAUCCAAUCCUCGCGGUUAUGCCGAUGCCAAAGUGCACAAUGUCUCCGCCUUGGCUAAGGUGCCCCGGUUCCUCCUAAUGCACGGCACAGGUGACGAUAAUGUCCAUUUCCAGCACACCUUGGUCCUCCUAGACCAGCUAAACCUUGCCGGCGUAGAGAACUACGAUCUACUUGUAUUCCCCGACUCCAGGCACUCCAUAGACAUCCACAACGCCAACGUCAUCGUUUACGAUAAGAUAUUAAACUGGGCAAACCAGGCAUAUAGCGGAGCCUUUGUUGAUCCUAAGUGA